CAUUAGCUGUGAUUCAACCCCGUUUAUAUGCCAUUGAGAGCCAAUUGAUGGCCAGAUGUGACACACAGAGGACCGGCUGAAGACCAAUGGCCGUCAAAUCAUUGGCCAUUCCUACCAUCCCUGGCCUCACAUUCCUAUGUGUGGCGAAGUGGGCGCUGGCGGUCAUCAUCGUAUGGAUACUCACUUUACUGGUCCGAGAGGUGGAGUUUGUCCACAAACUCAAUGAGCCUACAGUGGCCGCACCUAAUGAUGACGAGCUGUUUCUGGACAUCAGCCAAACGGUUGACCUCCCGUUUCAACAGGACUUGAGUUUUUCGAUCGGCGAUGGCAUCAAAAGCGGCCAAAAAGUGGUCAAUUGUGGUCUUCCGGUGAUUUGCCGCAGCAAUCAGUUCGCUGUCCAUCUGUUUACCGGAAGAGAUAAUCAAAUUUAUCCCAAACUCUGUAUUGACGGCCAAUAUAUUCUGGACAAAGGCCUGAAUGGUUGCGGUCGAGGCAUCAAUUUGGUGGUCAUCGACAAUAUGACCCGAUCUAUA